ACGCACAUAAUAAUAAUAUGAUUACUUUUGAUGAUAAAUAAUAAUUAUAUUUCAUCUAUCGUUAAUUUUUCUUACACAAUAUUAUCACAGUCACCAACGACGUAAAAGGAGUUAAUAAGAAAGUAUGUAUUUAUUUUUGAAUAAGCAAAAAAAUAUCAUUGACCGAUUGACAGUUACCACAUUCUCAAAAGUCAAGUUAUUAAACGAAACGUCGGAGCGGUACAUCGCCAAUGUAAACAAAAGACAAAACGAGCACUUACAAGCAGAGUUUCACAUUUAUAAAAUAAAUUAACAUAAGAGGACGCGGUAGCACGGGUAGAAGAAAUAUGCCAAAUAAAUUAAAAUAUUUCAUUUUAACCGGCGACCCGGGAGUUGGAAAAACAACACUUACGAAAAAGUUAUGUGAAGCAAUUCAAAAGUUGGGUACACAAGCUUCGGGUUUUUACACAGAAGAGGUUAGAAAAGAUAGAAUUCGUCUGGGAUUUGAUGUAGUGACAUUGGAGGGAGAACGAGGCCGGCUGGCGAGAGAUCAGAGCUUAUUGACAGAGCCAGUGAAGUACAAUGUUGGGAAAUAUGGAGUCCUGGUACCUGAGUUUGAAAGUAUCGCCUUAUAUAGUAUGAGGAAGCUCCCGCCUCCGUCACUUCUUGUAAUAGAUGAGAUAGGUAAAAUGGAGUUUUUUAGCGCGCCGUUCAAAUCCCAGGUAAAGGAGGUAUUCAGCCCAGGCUCGGACUGCUUUGUUUUGGCCACUAUACCUAUUAGAAAGGGAGAUCCGCUCAUCGAGUCUGUAAGGAGUAAUAAGGACGGGAAAGUUUGGGUGGUAACAAAAGAAAACCGGAACUAUAUUCACGAUGAAAUAUUAAAGGAAAUGAAAUUAUCACUAGAGAUUUCGUAAUUAAGAAUUAUGGAGUCAAGUGUUUUACGAUAACGUGCUUUAUGGUGUUAAAUAACUACGCAUGACUGAUAGUUAAUUAAAUAUUUUUUUUUAUUGUUA